AGUAGGCAGCUGUUUAUGUUUUGUAUAAUUAUUUUACGAGUGUUUUGCAUAACUGUUUUACCGUAUUGUUUAUAAGUCGUAUAUUUAUUUAUCGCUUUUAAGAUUAUAAAGUGACACAUUUUCGUGAUAUUUGCAUUCAUUCGAACCAUGUCAGAUGUCAAGAGGUGAAUAAGCUGUGUUUUGUGUCAACGUGUGAGUGACAGUUUUUUAUAUUGUUUGGGAUUUGGUGCGAUAAACAUAAACGGUAAGACGUCGCUUGUGCCGUCUAUUGUUUAUGGGGGUGUCAUUAUCAGCACUUCGUUCAGAAGUAGACGCCGUAAGAAACAUCGUACGUUUUUAGCUGGAUGUUACGUUUUCGCAAUAAUUAAGGUGGUCGAGGGAUGAGAAUAUAUCUUGGAACGGGUAGAGUGAUAUAUGACGCGUUGAAGUGUUGAAGCAAAAUCGAGUGGACGAGUGUGUCGGUUCGUGAGUGUGCUAAUGUUGUGAUCGGGUGUCCGCAAGGUUUCUGUCAUGGUGUUGUCAUGGCGCGCGCUGGCUUUGCUGGCAGCGCUGCAGGUGUGUGCGAGUGUACGCGAGACGACGUAUCACAACCAUUUCGCCGUGCACGUGCCGGCUGGCGAGAAGCACGUAGAUGACAUCGCCAGAAGACACGGCUACGUCAAUCAUGGACAGAUUGGUGCCCUCAAAGGAUACUAUUUAUUAUCCCACCAUAAGGUCCAUAAGAGAUCGACGGAACCGAGUCAUGAACACCACCAGAAACUAAUCAACGAACCUGAGGUAAAAUGGUUCGAGCAGCAACGCGAGAAGCGGCGAAUCAAACGAGACUAUAACCCGUACGAAACGUCGCUAUGGUCACAGUUAUCGCGAAGACAGCCCUCGCAUCGGACCAGACAUCGAGCGAUCACGCCGUCGCCUUUCUUCCCGGACCCAUUAUUUAAGGAACAGUGGUAUUUGAAUGGUGGCGCAAAAGAUGGUCUUGAUAUGAACGUAGCGUCCGCCUGGCAGAGAGGUUAUACGGGAAAAAAUGUCGUUGUAUCUAUUCUAGAUGAUGGUAUUCAAACGAAUCAUCCGGAUCUCGCGCAAAACUAUGAUCCUCUUGCUUCCACCGAUAUAAACGGAAACGAUGAUGAUCCGAUGCCUCAAGAUAACGGUGAUAAUAAACACGGCACACGAUGCGCUGGAGAGGUCGCUGCAGUAGCAUACAAUCAGUACUGUGGAGUUGGUAUCGCCUACAAUGCAAGUGUAGGAGGAGUUCGGAUGUUGGAUGGUGUUGUAAAUGAUGCAGUAGAAGCUAGAGCACUGGGGCUAAAUCCUGACCACAUCGACAUAUAUAGUGCAUCAUGGGGUCCAGAAGAUGAUGGUAAAACAGUUGACGGACCGGGGCCAUUAGCGAGAAGAGCAUUUAUCUACGGAGUUACUAGUGGCAGACGUGGGAAAGGAAGUAUUUUUGUUUGGGCGUCAGGUAAUGGUGGACGGCACACGGACUCUUGUAAUUGUGAUGGUUACACAAAUAGUAUUUUUACUUUGUCAAUAUCAAGUGCAACCCAAGGUGGAUACAAGCCAUGGUAUUUAGAAGAAUGUUCGUCUACUUUAGCCACUACUUACAGCUCUGGUACGCCUGGGCAUGACAAAAGCGUAGCUACCGUUGACAUGGAUGGCAGAUUAAGAGCAGAUCAUAUAUGUACAGUAGAACAUACAGGCACUUCAGCUUCUGCGCCCUUAGCAGCCGGUAUAUGUGCUCUUGCUUUAGAAGCUAAUUCAGACUUAACUUGGAGAGAUAUGCAAUAUUUAGUAGUAUUAACUUCUCGUUCACAACCAUUAGAAAAGGAAACGGGAUGGAUCGUCAAUGGAAUUAAAAGAAAAGUUAGUCACAAAUUUGGUUAUGGUCUAAUGGAUGCUACUGAAAUGGUGAACUUAGCUGAGCAAUGGGUAUCAGUUCCUCCCCAGCACAUUUGCAAGUCGCAGGAAAUCAAUGAAGAUAAAGCUAUAGAAUCAUCUUAUGGUUACACUUUAAGUGUACAUAUGGAUGUUAAUGGGUGCAGUGGAACAGUAAAUGAGGUCAGGUUUCUUGAACACGUCCAAUGUAAAAUAUCAUUAAGAUUCUUUCCACGAGGAAACUUACGAAUCCUGCUUACUUCACCAAUGGGAACUACAUCGACCUUACUGUUUGAAAGACCUCGUGAUGUCAUUAGCUCUAAUUUCGAUGAUUGGCCAUUUUUAAGCGUACAUUUUUGGGGUGAACGAGCAGAAGGUAAAUGGACUCUCCAAAUUGUCAAUGCGGGUAACAGACAUGUUAAUCAACCAGGUAUCCUUAAAAAAUGGCAGUUAAUAUUUUAUGGUACUUCAACUGAUCCCGUUAAAUUGAGGUCUAAAAGGCCGUCGCCUAUAGCGCCACCAUACGCUUUUCCGACAGCUGCAGAUGGAUACGAUUCUGUUGGGGAUUCUUUUUACAAUACUGACGCGUUUACCAAUUAUCAGAACUUUCCUACAUUAUUCGCCGCCGGUUCCGAUCCCGAAAAGGCUAUAGCAAGUCUCGACGGACAUAACGUUCCCUCGCCGCAUGGGGAAAAUGUCCUCGCUGAUAGUAAUGAUAGGCGCGUCAUGCAUGAAUGUGAUCCCGAAUGCGAUUCUCAAGGAUGCUAUGGAAAAGGACCUACCCAAUGUAUAACAUGUAAGCACUAUCGUCUCGACGACGCUUGUGUGUCACGUUGCCCUCCAAGAAGUUAUGCGAACCAGGGUGAAGUUUGUUGGCCAUGUCACGAAUCAUGUGAGACUUGUGUCGGACCUGGACAAGACUCUUGUUUGACUUGUUCGCCAGCUCAUUUAUUAGUAGCGGAUUUAGGUUUAUGUUUACAACAAUGUCCUGAUGGGUAUUGGGAAGACAGUGAAGCAUCCGCAUGCCGGCCGUGCGCUGCGCAUUGUUCAACUUGUUCAGAAAGGGCCGAUGCCUGUACUUCUUGCGAACAUCACUUAGUUCUAUAUAAUGGAACUUGUUCAGCCUCGUGUCCUCCGUCUACGUUUGAGAAUGAAGACUAUUUAUGUGCUAAAUGUCAUCCCUCUUGUGAUACAUGUAUUGGCGCUGAAGAGACGCACUGCGUUACGUGUCUCGCUUCGAGCUACAUCCUUGAUGGUACUUGCUUGAGUACUUGCCCGAGUGGAUAUUAUGCUGAUAAAAAGAGAAAAGAAUGCAUGAAAUGUCCAGUCGGUUGUGCGUCAUGCUUGACAACAUUAUGCUUGACUUGCAACUCAAACUGGGAGUUGAAUAAGAAGGGAAAAUGCGUUGCCGUUGGCACCGAUCGGUGUUCUUCUAGGGAAUUCGUAGAUGGGAGUCAAUGUACGCCAUGUCAUAGUGAAUGUGAAUCUUGCUUUGGUGAAACAGAAGCAAACUGUCUCACCUGUGAGACGCCAGCCUUGCUUCAAAAUCACAAAUGUUUAUCAGAGUGCAGUCGAGGAUAUUAUGCUGAAGCUGGGCGUUGUACGCGAUGCAUGCACGGCUGCGCGGAUUGUGUAUCACGUUUGAACUGCACUUCAUGUACUGGCUCUUUGAGGCUGCAAUCCGGUGCUUGCAGAACUGCCUGCGCUGAAGGGUAUUAUGCGGAUCGCGGAACCUGCUCUAAGUGCUAUUUAUCGUGCCGCACUUGUAUAGGACCAAGACGCGACCAGUGUGCUUCUUGUCCCCCGGGAUGGAGACUAGCAGCGGGGGAGUGCCACCCUGAAUGUCCUCAAGGUUUCUACCAAACUGACGAUGGUUGCCGUCACUGUCACCAUUACUGUCGAGAGUGUAACGGCUCUGGCCCACUACACUGCACGUCCUGUCCCCCACGCUUCAUGCUAGAUGGCGGACUUUGUAUGGAAUGCCUUGGUUCCCAGUACAUGGAAACCAGUAGUGGAAUAUGUCGCGCUUGCGAUGAAUCGUGUCGAACGUGCUCGGGUCCAGGGCAAUACAGCUGUUCCGGUUGUUCAAGACCGUUGCGAUUUGAUAGAUUAAACAAUCAGUGCGUACGAUGUUGCUCGGAGCGAGGAAUAGCCGCUAAUGCUACAGCUUUACCUGAUUGCUGCCAUUGUAACCCCGACACCGGGGAAUGUAUAAACUCGUCCGUGGCUGGGAAGCGUCGUAUCCCCGAGUGGAGCGCGCUGCACACCGCGCAGAGCGACGCCGCGCCGCACGCGCUCGCCAGCGUCGUCGCAGCCGUCGCGGCGCUAGCGGUCACCGUGUUCAUUGUCGCCAUGAUAGUCACACAGAUGCGAAGAUCGCAACAACCUCAAUCACGUUCGAAAGGAGCUUACUACGCGCCGCUCGCAUGCACGGACGAAGGUGACGUCACAGUGCUGGGAUCGCGAACCGCCUUCCCUGUCAGCGAAUACGAGCAGGAGCCGCUUCUCGAACAUUCCACAUAGCACACUGUGAUGUAGACGUAAGUGAAGUAGACGUAGCGAGUUUGAGAUCUCGCCUACCGACUAUAGAUUUUAUCCAAUUGUAUUAGAGCUCAUUUUACAAAGACAGAGAAGAAAUAACGCUGUUUUUUUUCCAUACAAAAUAAAAAUGCUAUUCAAAUAUCCUAUCGUAUUGAAUAGAUUUAUGUGAUUCGAUUUUUUUUUUUUCAUGAUUAUAAAAAGUGUAUUUUGAAAUAGUAUUUUUAUGAAACGUAACGUUCCGUAUUUUAAUACAAUUAACUGGUAUUGUAAUAAAAUAACUCGUUUGAUCGAAAUUAAUUAUAUAAUUGUAAUAAAUGGUCGCAAAUAUAGAUAAUAAUUACGUUAUAUGGUGGACCACUUGUCGCUCGUUAAAAUAUUAGAUGUAAGUUUGUGAAUACAGAACGAUAUAGUGGAAGUCUCAAACACUUGUAGUACAGAACUAAUGAUAUUUUUUAUUUUAUUUUAUAUUCGCAUUGGUUUGGCAGAUUAAAUUUAUUUUUACAGAUAAAAAAUUUUACAUUAAUUAUUGGCGCGCAAACUGACACCGAUCGAAUGUUCGCGAUUAUUGAAUGAACAAAUACAUUUUUGAAUAUUUGAAAUACGUUUUUUUUUUAUAUUAGCAUCAUAAUCUUUAUUUCUGUAUGUUCAUAUAAAAAAAACUUAUUUUUUCGAUCUAAAUUUAAAUUAUGAUUCAAAUGUAUUUUUUUCAAAUCGAUUUUGUUAUUUCGUUACUGUUAGUUCGAAAGUCGUUUGUCAAAUUUUGCUGUUUCCAUGGUGACCAAUGUAUAGCGUCAUUAUUAAAGCAUUAAUUUAUAAAUAAAAAAUAAAGCAAGGUAUGAGGUUUUAAAAUUUAAAUUUGGAAUCAAUUUUUUUACAUACGACCUUUUGGAAUAACAGUCAUAUGUAACGUCGCAUUUUCCUUUAACUUUUUUUAUCUAAAUAUCGAAUAGAAUGGUCAUGGACAUUAACUUUGAAUGUCUUUAUUUUAUUAUUAUUAUAAAAAAGAGGAUAAAUCCAUUUAAACAUCAGUCAAUUUAGGUAGCUAAAUUUUGGUAUAAUAUUGAACAAAAUUUUGUUGGUAGUUUUAUCACGUCAAAUGUAAUAGGGCGUAGUUACGCAAAAUGGAUUCAGCUACAAAAGAAAACUUUCGAAUAAAUUGGGGUCUCGAUAAAAUUUAUUAAAAUAUCAAUAUCGCUGAUUUAUUUAAAAUGUUUACGUAAAAGCUUGUAUAGUUUUUACAGACGCCAAAAGUUGAUGUAUAAACAAAAAUUUUGACAAUAUCCCAUAAAUAGGUUUUUGAAGAUGGGAUCUAUUUUGUAGCAACUGUGACAAGACUCUAAAACACCAUAAUGAUUUAAACGGUAGGUAAACAGUAGGUGAUAAUGACAUUUCAUUUUUUUUGAUAAAAAAAAUCGCCUUUUCUACCGAAAUAUAUUUGUUUACUUUAUACAUCUCUAUUUUGAAAUGAUAAUUAAAUGUAAAUAAUUUAAUAUACUAGACUGUUUUGAAUUGUAUUGGUUUCGCAGAAUUUAUAAUAGCGUUUGCAUAAAAAUGAUAAAUUUUCAUUCGAAGUUAUCCAAAGUCGAUGAAUUUAAAUUUUGUUUUUUAUGUUCAAUGCAAGAAUUUUAGGGUAUGUCAUUUAAACUAAUUUCUUAUAUUUAAUCGGAAUAAAAAAAAACACCAAUUAGUGAAUAAAAUUAGCUUUACUAAUUAUAAAUCAAUUUAUAUUAAAUAAAUAGUAAAAAUUUUCAAAAUAAGUUAGGUAUCCCUUGUGAGGUUACUUAAAAAUACCUACCAACUCCUAGUUAUACAAAACAGUCAACUAUUCGAACAUCAAAAUAAAUUUUUAUAUCUCGAAUAACAUAUUGUCAAAAAAACUGUGAUCUGCUAUAAAAUCGAAGAAGGUCCGAUUUACGGCUCUUUAAUCCCGGUCAAGAAUUGACCCGGUCAAAUAGCGACCCUUAUUAGCCGAUGCUGUUUACCGAUAGUAAAACGCGAACGAAAAUUUGCUCGCGUUUCCAUAUUAAAUCUUGAUUGUUUCUUGAAAUCCGCUUACAAAAUACAGUUUCCAAAUUCAAUUGUCAAAUAUUGAGACCUCGAUUCGAGUUAGUUAGGUUUCGUUUGUUAGAAUCAAUAGUUACACGAGCCUUGCUUGCACAGCCCGGGUUGCCGUUCGGACACGAAACCCUUAAGUUAUAAUUGAUUAGCAUCCUAUCGUCUAUCUUUGCACUGCGAUUUAAUUGUUUCCUUAAAAUUGAAAUUAAUUUAAAUAUUUUGAUAUAUCAGGGUGAUGAGUUUAAGCGACAAUUGUUUGUGAAAUUCGAAUCGACACUUAUUAUAUUAUAUUAGAUUUUCAUGUAAAAUGAUAGGAAAAAACAAUGCGAAUGAUAAUUUAAUUUAAAAAUAACCAUUUAUUAAAAAAAAUAAACCCGCUAAUACAUUUUAAAAAUAACGUUGCACUCGACGCUAUGUAAUAUAGAUUUAAAUAAAUCCAUGUUUUGUUUCGUUAUUUUUUUUCAAAUGGUCACAAUUUUCUUUUCUUAUAUUUCCUGUUAAUUUUAAGUAGCAUAGGCCCAAAAGUUACCAGAAAUAAAUAAUGUACAAUAUAUUUUUCAAUAAUCCAUCACUUGUUGGAAUUAAUCUACCUAUUAUACUUGUACCUAUUACCUUAGUUUUUUUUUAUUAGUAUAUUUCCUUUUCGGUCCUUUGAUUUGAUUUCAUUAAAAAAAAAAAAAAUAAAGAAAUUUGUCAAUUUAUAGUAAAUUAUACCUUGUCAUUACUUGUCUUUAUGUUUAAGUAGGAAGUUAAACCUCGUUCGCACUGUGAGUCCGCAUAUGCGAGUUUUUUCUUCUAAUUCAACGGUAAAGUGUUAUCGAAGCUUAAUAUUUGUUAGUAUUAAAUUUAUUUGUUCAAUUUGCUGCUAACUGCAAACCUAGCGAAAAUUUACUAUUUUAUGUUUAUUAAACGGUUUUUUUUUCACACUUUAUUAAUAUUUUAGUUAAAAUUUAUUGAAAUUUUUCGGUAAUUAAAACAAAUUUAAAUAAAUAAAAUAACAGAUAACAAAUAUAUCUAACAACUAACAAUGUUACCAUUAACAUCACAAAUGUAAAUAAAUAGUUAGAUUGUUGAAUUUUUAAAAUAAUAAAUUAUUAUGUCAAUAGAUAAAGAUAAAAAAAUGUAGUUUUUUUUGGAUUACGUUUUUGAAAGGGACGUAUUUUGUAACGGUUUUUAUUGCCGAUUAAAAAUUUGACGUCACAACAGACCUGUAAGAAAUUAUAGAUAAAUUUUAAGUGUGUGUAUGUAGAAUAUGUUUUGAUUACGAAUUCCUCAUGACUUGUAUUUGUCAAUUAAAUUUUUUAAAUUUAUAUACGUUUUAUUCUUGUAUGUUUAUUUGAUUUUAAUAUAGAUUUUUAUGUACUUAGUUUUAAAUGUCUUGACAUCUGAUUUGGUUAUAUACAUCGGUGUCGAAUCGUUUGCAUAAUUUCGAAUAUUAUUUUUUAACUAAAUCUUUUAUUAUUUACUUGGUGUUUUGAUGUGUCUUAGCGAUUUUUUAAUUUGUUUUUUGUAAAAAUCAUUUUAAUUGAAAACGUAUUUUUGUAUGGAAUAUUAUUAUGUGCAAAUAAUAUUUAUAA